AUGCUUUGGAUCGUGACGUCUCUAGCCCGCGACAGCUCAGGCGGCAGUUUGUUUUGGUGUCUGAAUGAGAUAUUGUAUUUUCCCAAUUUUUUUUUAUCAAUUCAAGCUGAAUUAAAAUGAUUCAUGAGCUGUUGCUAGCGUUAAGCGGAUACCCGGGGACCAUUUUCACAUGGAACAAACGCACAGGUUUGCAGGUGUCCCAGGACCUGCCUUUCCUUCACCCCAGUGAGACCAGUGUCCUCAACCGGAUCUGUAAACUGGGCUCAGAUUACAUACGCUUUACAGAGUUCAUAGAACAACACACUGGCCAUGUGCAUCAACAAGAACAUCACACGAACCAGCCCAACCAGACUGGACUUCAUGGAAUUUACUUGCGGGCUUUCUGCACAGGGCUGGACUCUAUGCUGCAGCCGUACAGACAGACCCUGCUGGACCUUGAACAAGAGUUCCUUGGAGAUCCACAUCUGACAAUAUCCCAUGUGAAUUAUAAGCUUGACCAGUUCCAGUUGUUGUUUCCCUCAGUGAUGGUGGUGGUAGAAACUAUCAAAUCACAGAAGAUCCAUGGCUGUCAGAUCCUGGAGACGGUGUACAAGCACAGCUGUGGGGGUCUUCCUCCUGUACGCAUGGCCUUAGAGAAGAUUCUUGCAGUGUGCCACGGUGUGAUGUACAAGCAGCUGGCAGCUUGGAUGUUGCACGGGUUGCUGCUGGACCAAAGCGAGGAGUUUUUCGUGAAACAGGGGCCCAGCGCUGGAGGAGCUGCUGCCAACCAGGAGGAGGAGGAGGAGGACCUGGGACUGGGAGGCCUGAGCGGGAAACAGCUCAGAGAACUACAGGACCUGAGGCUGAUUGAGGAGGAGAACAUGUUGGCUCCAUCUCUGCAGCAGUUCUCCCUGCGAACAGAGAUGUUGCCUUCUUACAUUCCCAUCCGAGUUGCUGAGAAGAUCCUUUUUGUGGGAGAGUCUGUCCAGAUGUUUGAAAACCACAACCACAGCCCAUCUCGAGCUGGCUCCAUACUGAAGCAUCAGGAGGACAUAUUUGCUGCUGAGCUGCACAAACUCAAACAGCAGCCUCUUUUCAGCCUGGUGGAUUUUGAAAACCUCAUCGAUCGCAUCAGGAGCACAGUGGCGGAGCAUCUCUGGACUUUGAUGGUGGAGGAGUCGGACCUGCUUGAACAACUCAAGAUCAUUAAAGAUUUCUACUUGCUGGGUCGUGGGGAGCUCUACCAGGUUUUUAUUGACCUUGCCCAGCACAUGCUGAAGACGCCCCCAACAGCCGUCACUGAGCACGAUGUAAAUGUGGCGUUUCAGCAGGCAGCUCAUAAGGUGCUACUGGACGACGACAACCUCCUGCCUCUGCUGCACCUCACUGUGGACUACCAGGGCAAAGACAACAAAGAGGGGUCAGGCCCCAGAGACGGAGCCACUCCCCCACAGGACACCUCCCCUCGUGAGAUCCCUCCCACAGGCUGGGCGGCUCUCGGCCUCACCUACAAGGUCCAGUGGCCGCUGCACAUCCUCUUCACCCCUGCUGUCUUGGAGAAGUACAACGUGGUGUUCAGGUACCUGCUGAGCGUGCGGCGGGUGCAGUCGCAGCUGCAGCACUGCUGGGCUCUACAGAUGCAGAGGAAACACCUCAAGUCCAGCCAGACAGAUGCUGUUAAGUGGAGACUACGCAACCAUAUGGCGUUCUUGAUCGACAACCUGCAGUACUACUUACAGGUGGACGUCCUGGAGUCUCAGUUCUCUCAGCUGCUUCAGCUGAUCAACUCCACCAGAGACUUUGAGAGCAUCAGACUGGCCCACGACCAUUUCCUCAGUAACCUGCUCGCCCAGUCCUUCAUCCUCCUGAAGCCGGUGUUCCACUGUCUGAAUGAGAUCCUGGAGCUGUGCCAUAACUUCUGCUCACUGGUCAGUCAGACUGUGGCUUCUCUAGAUGAGAGGGGGACGGCUCAGCUUGACAUCCUGGUCAAGGGCUUCAGACGGCAAUCGUCCUUACUGUUCAAAAUCCUGUCAAGUGUGAGGAAUCAUCAGAUAAACUCUGACCUGGCUCAGCUGUUACUGCGACUGGACUACAACAAGUACUACACACAGGCUGGAGGCACCCUGGGCAGCGUUUAAAAGCAAAAAGGAUCAAGGUUUGCAGAUAAGUCAUCUGUGCCAAACUUUCACACUGGACAGAAGAAAAUAUUGUACAUAACUCCCUCCAGUCUUCUCCGUGUUAAUGUGGCAUGUCUGUUAAAAUUAUCUUUAGAAGGAUCAGUUCAUCCAAAAUUAUGAAAUCACAUUUCCUCAAUCUCUUCUAGUGGCAUCUGACUGUGCAUCCUUUUUAUUUUAGAUGAUCAAACAUCACCUCGAUACAACAGGAGGAAGAAGAGAGAACAGCCAGAAUUAGAUUUUUUUUU